CUGUAGUGGACCUGUCGCACAAGAUAUUUAGCAUAAAGUCAGUCCCCCGCUGUAUGGGGAUCAAGCUUUCACUCUUCGACUGCCUUCAUGUCUGACAACAUUGAAAGAAGGAAACUGUCGCUUUUUUACUUUACAGCUGGUGGAACUUUCUUCAUGUCAGCAGCAUCUCAUUUCGACAACCAUUAACCUAUACAUCAAGCUUGUCUUUUCGGGGGAUUAAUUUAACCAGACCAGGAUUUCAUAGCCGGGAGGCCGGGGUUAUGGAUUUUAACCUUCUGACGGACAGUGAAGCCCGAAGCCCGGCGCUAUCGCUCUCCGACUCCGGGACGCCGCAACAUGAUCAGGGAUGCAAAGGCCAAGACAACAGCGACACAGAGAAGACCCACCAGAACCAAACAGAUGAGUCGAACGCAGAGGACGGCUCUCUGAAGAAGAAGCAGCGCAGGCAGAGGACCCACUUCACCAGCCAGCAGCUCCAGGAGCUGGAGGCCACCUUUCAGAGGAACCGCUACCCCGACAUGAGCACACGGGAGGAGAUCGCCGUGUGGACCAACCUCACAGAGGCACGGGUUAGGGUAUGGUUUAAGAACCGCCGUGCCAAGUGGAGGAAGAGGGAGAGGAACCAGCAGGCUGAGCUGUGUAAAAAUGGCUUCGGUGCCCAGUUCAAUGGACUAAUGCAGCCCUACGACGACAUGUACUCUGGCUAUUCUUACAACAACUGGGCCACCAAGAGUCUGGCCAGCAGCCCACUGUCAGCCAAGAGCUUCCCCUUCUUCAACUCCAUGAAUGUAAGCCCCCUGUCCUCCCAGCCCAUGUUCUCUCCCCCCAGCUCCAUCCCCUCCAUGAACAUGGCCUCCUCCAUGGUGCCCUCGGCGGUGGCCGGAGUGGCCGGCUCGGGCCUCAACAACCUGGGCAACCUCAACAAUCUCAACAGCCCCACGCUGAACUCGGUGGCGGUCACCGCCACCACCUGCCCCUAUGCCACCACCGCCAGUCCUUACAUGUACAGAGACACCUGCAACUCCAGCCUGGCCAGCCUCCGGCUCAAGGCCAAGCAGCACGCCACCUUCGCCUACCCAACAGUGCAAAACACUGUGUCCAACCUAAGCCCUUGCCAGUACGCAGUGGACCGGCCAGUAUGAAGACACCCACACCCAUCCAGCCUGCCCUGUACUCCCCAACCCCUCCUCUCAGCCACUGACCUCCUCUCCCUCUCCUCCUCCCGGUCCCUGCCAUGCUUCAUCAGUGAAUCAGAGUUAACUGCACACAUCACCAUUACACUCUUAGAAAAAAGGGUUCCAAAAUAGUUAUUUGGCUGUCCCCAUAGGAGAACAGUUUAUGGUUCCAGGUAGAACACUUUUUGGUUACAGGUAGUACCCUUUUGGGUUCCAUGUAGAACCCUCUGUGGAAAGGGCUUUACAUGGGACCCAAAGGGGUUCUACUUGGAACCAAAAAGGGUUCUUCAAAGGGUUCUGCUAUGGGGACAGCCGAAGAACCCUUUUAUGUUCUGGAUAGCACCUUUUUUCUAAGAGUGUACAUGGACUGGUUAAUAAAAUGUUGUUUGUCUAACUGAUGGUACACAACAGGAAUAAGCUUCAAUAGUUAUAAAAAAUCCCCUGAUGGACCACCACGCUUCAAAGAACUCUCUCAAAUACGCGGAGACUUUGUUGCUGAACCGACCAACUGUUAAAAAGGAUUUCUAAGUUUAAUCCGAAAUCAUUUUUUGGGACUGCAUGACUAGAGUGAAUUUAAAAUGAAGAAAACCUGGAUGCUCCAACUGCAUUGGUGGUCAAACAUGAAAUCAUUGAGACGCUUGCCACCAUCACGGGAAAGGGACCUGUGGUUGCAAUAUGGGAUAGAGGAUGUAUAUAAUGGACUUUUUUUGUUUUGUAUGUGACAAAACUAUCUAUGAAACAUAGUACUUUGGAGAUGAGAAAAGCAUGUUCUUCAAGAGAAGACCCUAGAUUGAUGUACUAUGAGUACCUCCUUUAGGAAUUGUUAUCUUUGUUAUGAAUUCCACUCACCUCAGAAGGUCAGGUGUCAAAGGUCAGACCAGAAAGGAGAGAGGAGCAGAAUGUAGUCUCAGAGAGUAGAAAUAGCCGGGAGCGGAGACAAAACAACAAUUUACACAUCUGUCAGAGAUAGAGACAAUAUCAGAAACCUUUUAAAGAAAAGCCUAAAAAAGCCAUUGAAUAUAUAGGUUUGUGUGGUGUUAUAAAAAGGGAGUCCAUGACUGUAAAAAUGUAUGUAAGAGUGCAGUUGUUAUAAAACAAGCUUUUUUUCUAGUGUAGCCUGCUUUGUCUCAUUAACAUAAUAAAAAUGAUCUGUUUUUAUGAACAACAAAUGAGCUAAAAGUGAGUACCAUUGAAAGAAAGUCACCAGUUUUUCCUUUACAGGUACUGCAUGUCUUCAUCUAUGUUCUAUGACAUUAGACUGAGUGAUUGACACACAGGUCCUACACACAAUGUUCCCCUUGAACAAGCAUCAACGCCAUGGAAACACUGUCUCACAUCCAUGGCAACGUAAUUCAACGGGGGACGUGGGGACUGGAGAGAGAUGGAGAGAUAUAGAUGUUCCUGCUGCCUGGUCACUGAGACGUUUGACCUACACUCUUUGAAUUGACAGCCACAGCGCACUCUCCAAGCUAUCCCGUAACAGAAGGAAUUCUUGGGGCCGUGCCUCAGAUCGCUGAGGCCGGUGCCAACAUUACAUAAGCCUUCAGGAGGUGUCCCUACGGACUUACAACCAAAGGGACUGACAGCUGAGCCUGGGCUGCUCAGCUUGUGAUUGAACAGCCUUUUACUACAAUUACAUUUUAACAUUUUACUUUUUGCCAGUUGUUUUAUAAAAGUUAAUAUCUACAAUGUGAGACAUCAGUCUCUCAAAAGUGCAGGCAUAAAGCAACUGAGUUAUCAAAUCUUAGAACAUCAAGGCAGACAAAGAAACAAUUAGUUUAACAUUGCAACUCUAUGCGUAGUUCUUUAUUAAAGGUUACUUUUUCAACAACACAACUCUGUGGAGAAUUCUCUUCUCCCAGCAGUCCAAAGAGCCUGUUCAUGAGACCACAGUAGUCUGUGGAGCGAGGUGGGGCAGUCACAGUGUUUGGUUUCCCCCUCCACACAACACAUAUAAUCAAUAUUCCACUGGAUGGGAAACGUCCCACCAUUUCCCUUUGUUCACACUGCCCAGCACAAGGAGAACGCUUUCAAAAUGGUCCAAAACCAUUAUCUGGACAAAUCCAUACAACUUCUAGAAGUGAUAAUGAUUACCUUUGAGAAUACAGAGGGAAGGAAUAGAAUAACUGUUUUAGUUUUCUGACAGUAUUCUAUGGUUCAGUAAAAAUGUUUGAAGGGCCCGCAUAUCAUGAAAACAUUUAGUUCACGCAUGCAUUUCAGCGCCAAGAAGUCCAGCAACAUCAGCAGGUUAUAAUUUAUCUGUCACUUCAACUUCCUUGGGGCCAAUAUCACUAGAAUUACAGUCAACAACAGCUUAGCAUUAAGACAAGCAU